GCUUGCGGUCUCAACCUGACCUGCGAGCAAAACGCAGAGGAAGAACUAGAAUAACGGUUGAAAAAAAGAGUUCAGCGUUUCAGUGACGCUGCGGCGGGUAUUUGAAGCUCGAGGCCGCUUUUAGUUUGACUGCUUUGUGUCCUUGUUGUUGAUAUAUUAGCUUCCAGUCAGUGUGUUUCAUGUGAUGAAGCACAUUAUUGUGCCUCUGGGCUGUGUUCGCUUCAUUGUUAACUUUAGUAAAGACUGUUUCAGCCUGUGAAUCAAGGUGACUGCCACAGGAAUGACAACUUCACAGAAAUACCAGAAUCCCAAACUCACAGCAGGACACACCGACACGGAAUGGCUGACACCUGCUGUGUCUGAGAAGUUCCAGAGCCGUUUUGGAUGGCGGCCCAGCACAUUGGACAAUGGGGACACGGGACUGGGUACUUCUGACCACACUGAAGAUAUCUGCAGCACUAGCAGCAGUCCAUCCUUCCAGCCUAUCCGCAGUCAGAUCCCCAUCCCCACCGCCCAUGUCAUGCCUUCCACGGCCGGAACUCUGGCCUCUAAGAUCAAGCCACAUGUUUCUGAAGAAACGCGGGCGUCCUCCAGCUCUUCCAGCUCCAAGUCAUCACUCCCCAAAUCUGCAUCCUCCCCUAACCUGGAUGCUCAGCACGAUGAAAAUUUAGACUUGACUGCGGUCAAGCCUGAUUGCCUGAGCCGAUAUCGCAGCCUGGUGAAUGGUCUCGACCACUCGCUCUUCCCCUCUGGAGAUCAGACGCGGCUGGAUGAGGUCCAGAGGUUUGAUGUACCUACCAUGGAGCCAACGCUUAAUCAGUCAGCUCUGCUUGGAGGGCUUUGCUCUGAUGUACGGCAGCAGCUGCAAAUGACUGGGCUUGGGGACAAUACAGGCUUGAUGGAACAGACCUAUAAAGUCCUACCGGAGGCUAGGGCGGGUCUCGCUUGUGCUGUAGACCCAUACAGCCAAAGGAACAUUCAUCUAGGGUCUGGUACCUGUGGCAGGUUGUUCUCCGUACCUCAGGGCCUGCAGACUCAGGCUCUCCUGAGGGACCAGGCCAACACAGGAGCUUAUGAUUCGUCACUGCAGGAACGCUGUUGUGAGAUGGCCAGCUGGCAGCAGCAGAAGCAGAAACUCGAGAGUCUGCGGCUGCAAGUGGAACAAAUGCAGUUAAUGACAGGAGGAAGUGGACAGUAUGCAUCUCUGUAUCCGUCAACCCCUCACAUGGAGAACAGCAAGUGGGAUGCUGUCAUUAAAGCCAACGAGAACUUGCUGAAAGAGAAAGAACUUACCAUUGAAAGGCAGAAGCAGCAAAUGUCUCAGCUGGAACAGCGUCUCAGAGAGAGUGAGCUGCAGGUGCACAGCGCCCUCAUGGGACGUGGAGCCCCUUACACUGACGUGUGUCUGUUGAGACUACAGGAAGCCCAGCGGGAAAAUGCCUUUUUGCGAGCCCAGUUUGCAGAGCGCAACGACUGCUUUACCAAGGAGAAGCUAGAAGCGGACCGGAGACUGGGUGCAGUGGAAUCAGAGACGCAACGUCUGAACGAGGUCUUGAAAGAGAGCAGUGAAAAACAUGCAGAGGAGUUAAAGAAACAAGAGGAAAGGAUCCGCAGUCGGGACAAGCACAUCAACAGCUUGAAAAAGAAGUGCCAGAAGGAGUCGGAGCAGAACAGAGAGAAACAGCAGCGGAUUGAGACGCUCGAGCGAUAUCUGGCUGACCUCCCCACCAUGGAAGACUACCAGGCCCGGCAGAAAAAGCUGGAGGAGGUAGAGGAGAGGGCAGCUCAGUUGCAGUCCACCGUCAGAGAUCUGGAAGUCCAACUGGAGGGGGCCCGCAGUGCUCUGCGCAACAAAGAGACACAACUGGAAGAACAGAGACGCAAGGAGAGAGAACUACUUACAACAGUCACCAGUCUCCAGAACAGAGUGCAGGAGAGCCUUGAGGAUGGAGUGAGAUUGCCCUCUCUUGAUAUAGAGAAGCUAAGAGAAGAAAAUACUACCUUGAAAGAUGAGCAGCAGCGACUCAAAAAGGUCAUUGAAAAACAACUCAGGAUAAUGGAGCAGCUUGGCUCACAGAUCAGGACUCUGGAGGAGCAGCUCUCUCAGGAGGAGUGCAGUAGUCAAGCCCUACGAGAGGAGGUGACAGAAAAAGAGGAGAGUCUGCUGCAGUUACACACCGCUAUGAAGGAGCUCUCAGUGCAGAACCAGGAGUUGAUGGAACACAAUCUGACACUGCAAGAGCGUCUUCAGGGUGAGGAGCCGCAGAGUGGCCGUGGUUUGCUCCCUGUGGGAGCCCGGCUCACCCAGAGGCUGUAUGGAGAGAUGGCCGCCUGUUUGUGUGACCUCCGCUCCCUCUGCAACGUCCUCACCCAGCGGGCUCAGGGCCACGACCCAAACCUCUCCAUGCUGCUCGGCAUUGCCUCGGCUCCCCCUCCAGUAGGAGAGCAGUGGGAGGACUGGCUGAGCCCCGAGGGGCUGCAGAAGAAGCUGCUUGAAGCUCAGCAGCUCCGUCGAGACGUCGAGGAACUGAGAACCACAGUCUCUGACCGCUAUGCUCAGGAUAUGGGAGAAAACUGCAUCACUCAGUGAGCUUGUGCUCAAUGAGGGUAACUCCACAUCAUGAGUGCCUUUAAAAACACUACAAUCUCUAUCAAAACAAAUCUUCUUCACGAAGGACUAACGACACUAAGGACAUUGUAAUCUCGCCAAACAGAGUGCUAUUUUUAUACAAAGGUUUCAUAAGAUAUUUUUCUAAGAUUCUGGUGACUUUGUGUGCAGUGGAAAGAGAAUGAUUUAAUAUAAACCUUUCCAUGUAUUUGGGAACGCCUGUGAUGAAGUUGACAAUCAACUGAAAAUAUCUAAUAUGCCAUGUGUUUUUUACAACGGCGAAACCUGUAGUAUCAAGUGACGUUCGGUCGUGUGUAACGACAGGUAACUGGCAUCUGUUAUCUUACAGUAAACGGAAUGUACCACAUCUAACACACAUCUAAGGUUAAGGAAAUAUUUGCCCACCUCUAACUGUUUGAGAUCACACAUGGAUGAUCUGUAAAACAUCUGGUGGUGUUAAGUUGGUGAAUAGACAUUCACUAAUAUUAUAUAACAACCAAAGUUCAAUAUGAUCAAAGGCAGACCUGUCAGAACCGUUUGUGUCUAGAUGCACACAGCAUCAUGCAGACCAAUAAAUAGGGACAUUUUAAAAGCAAGAUGGGUUUGUAAACAUAAUAUGCAGAGUAAAUAAUCAGUAUUUUCAAUGUUGUCCUGAAAACCUCUGAAAAUUGCAUUAUUAGGUUCUUUACUGCUGCAAAAUUAACACACUAAAAAUAUUUUAGAAUAUAUAUUGUUUUGGUCAUAUAAUUUAAACGGGUAACAUUUUCGUAUGUAUGUAUGUUGAGGGGCAAGAGCAUCUUUUCAAUAAAAAUAAUAGGAUAUAUGAUGUGCUCUGUCGUAAUCCACAUUUGCUGUCUGGUUUACAAUUUGUUUAGUCAACUAUUAAAAACAGCCACGCCAUUGAAUCAAUACAUCAGAGGAAACAAACUGGUGAAGCAAAUAUUGUAUUAGUGAAUGUCAAACAUAACAGGUGCCUUGCGUUCAGUGUCGCAAUCUGUAUUUGCUGAAGAUUUACAGCCCAACAUAUCAAUGUAGACACUAACCGUCUUUCUCUACUGUAAUGUGCGACUGCCAAGGUAUUGGGAUUCUUUUACAAAAAGGGACCAUAUAUAUGGGAAGUAUUGCAUGGUAAAUAGUUGUCUUUGGUCCAGAAACAUCACUAACAAGUGUGAAUGUAAUUAGACAAUACACCAUGUGUUUUCUAUUGUAAGAUCUCUUUCAGGUUUAACACAAAACCAGCCAGGCAAGCCUUAUAUGCCAAAAACUUUAUAACACACUAAAUGUCUGUUUAUAAUAUAUAUAAAUAUUUCCUAAUUGUUUCAGUUUUUAGAAAUAAAGAUUUGUAUUUCAUAUUUAA